CAAUUUCCGUACAAUUUUCCUUUUGUGAGGACAAAGAUUGCCUAAGGAAAAAUGGCCCCACAUGGUUCAACGAAAACCUUAGGGCUCGUCCUUGCACUAAUCAGCAUUCUCUUUCUCAACCAAAUUGACGCUCAGAGCCUGCCCCGUCGCAGCCCACCUCCACCCCGUCGAGGCCUGCCUCCACCCCGUCUCCGCCCGCCUCCACCACGUCGGCGCCCGCCUCCACCACCGCCAAGGGAGUGUCCACCAUGCAUUUGUCCACUACCACCCCCUCCACUAAACACCCCACCACCCGAGAUUAUAAACCCAGAGACUCCGCCAUCUGAAACUCCACCACCCGAAACCCCACCACCCGAAACUCCACCACCAGACAUCCCACCAACAGAGACUCCACCACCCGAGAUCACACCGCCAAAGACUCCACCACCGGAAAUUAUAGACCCGACAACUCCGCCACCCGAGACUCCACCAUCAGAGACUCCACCACCCGAAACCCCACCACCAGACAUCCCACCAACAGAGACUCCACCACCCGAGAUCACACCACCAGAGACUCCACCACCGGAAAUUAUAGACCCGACAACUCCGCCCCCCGAGACUCCACCAUCAGAGACUCCACCACCCGAAACCCCACCACCAAACAUCCCACCAACAGAGACUCCACCACCCGAGAUCACACCACCAGAGACUCCACCACCGGAAAUUAUAGACCCGACAACUCCGCCACCCGAGACUCCACCAUCAGAGACUCCACCACCCGAAACCCCACCACCAAACAUCCCACCAACAGAGACUCCACCACCCGAGAUCACACCGCCAGAGACUCCACCACCGGAAGUUAUAGACCCGACAACUCCGCCACCCGAGACUCCACCAUCAGAGACUCCACCACCCGAAACCCCGCCACCAGACAUCCCACCAACAGAGACUCCACCACCCGAGAUCACACCACCAGAGACUCCACCACCGGAAAUUAUAGACCCGACAACUCCGCCACCUGAGACUCCACCAUCAGAGACUCCACCACCCGAAACACCACCACCAGACAUCCCACCAAUAGAGACUCCACCACCCGAGAUCACACCAGCAGAGACUCCACCACCAGAGAUUAUAGACCCGAGGACUCCACCACCAGAGACUCCACCACCUGUUAUUAUAGACCCUGAGAUUCCGUCACCGGAGACUCCACCACCCGGGACUCCACCAUCUGAGAUCCCACCUACGGAGAUUCCACCACCAGAGACUCCACCACCGGUUAUUAUAGAACCUGAGAUUCCACCACCGGAGACUCCACCACUCGGAACUCCACCACCUGAGAUCCCACCUACGGAGAUCCCACCACCGGAGAUUCCACCAAUAAAAACUCCACCCCCGGUUAUUAUAGAUCCUGAGAUUCCACCACCGGAGACUCCACCACCCGAAAUCCCACCUACAGGGAUUCCCCCACCAGAGACCCCACCACCAGAGAUUCCACCAUCCACCCCACCCCCGAACACUCCACCGCCAGAGACUCCACCAUCCAAUCCACCCUCGAACACUCCACCGCCCGAGACUCCACCUCCUGAUUUUCCACCACCAGAGACUCCACCACCUAACCCACCCACAGAAACCCCACCACCUCAGACUCCACCAUCUACCCCACCCUUAAACACUCCACCACCUGAUACUCCAAAUCCUGAUAUUCCACCACCAGAGACUCCACCACCUACCCCACUCCCUGAAACUCCACCACCUCAGACUCCACCUCCGAAGAUUCAAAUCCCAGAAACUCCACCACCUAAAACUCUACCAGUGCUUCCUCCAACAAUACCACCGCGUCCUCCACAGACCCCACCACUUUCCCCACCAAAAACUCCACCACCUCCUCCUACGCGUGGCACAUGUCCUAGGAAUGCCGCCCAAGUAAGACGAUGUUCCAAUGUCCUUAGAAUUUCCGGCAACUUCCUAGACUUUAGAAGGGCUCAACCAUGCUGCUCUCUUAUCCGUGAUCUAUCUGAUGUUGAAGCAGCCUCUUGUCUAUGUGGUUUAUUGAGAGCACGACGUUCCACUAUUUCUUCCAAUAUCAUUAUCCUUUGUAGGGCUUGUGGCCGCAGGAUUCCCCGAGGCUUCACCUGCCCUUGACCACUUCUUUGUCCUCUUCUAUUUACCUAUUCACUAAAGUUUACCACUAAAACCCUAAGUAAAGCCUUGUGCUUUUUUUUUUUUAUGUUCUACCUAUAAUAAUGUAUUAAAACAUCAAUAAAGUUUAUGUUGACAU